AUGACACAGAUCGACUCGCAGGUCGAUACGCAGGAGAUCCAAGAUAGCCUGAUCGUUCUUGAUGCAAUCCGCAGCGAGCUAGGCGUCCCGUCGAGCGCCCGGCAUCGAGAUGAAGACGAUCCAACGCAGACGCACAUCGGCUGGGUGCAGGAUAAUCAGGCAGAAGACAGAUUCGAGGCACAAUUGUUGAGCACCGAAGAUCGAGCGUGCUCUGCAACAGGCAACCACGCGCAGCAGACGCGUGUAGCGGGCGGGCAGCCUAGCGAGACCGGGGUGGCGUGCAGGGAUCAGCCAGCAAGCCCGCAAAAGCAACAAUCGUCAAUACGGAACCCUCCGCGCGACGUGACGCAUCACAACCCGCCCCCCCCGACGCACAUUGAGUUUCCUCGCUCUCACGAACCGAGCUACGAGAAUGACAACGAUGACCCAUCCCUGAGACCCCACGCCCAGCCUGCCGGGGCUGUCGUUCCCGCAGUCAAGAUGGACAUUUCCCAGCAAACACCGACCCAGGUCAACGAGGACCGCGACUAUGACGCCGUGUGCCACUCGCUGCCCUCGAGCCGAGGCCUCGACGACACCCUCGACCCGGAGAUGCCAACCGAGGCGACUGGCGACCGAACCCUACAGACUGAUGACACCGGCGCCGUCAACUUUGGCAACUUUAGCGAAUUCGGCCGGCCCUCGUCCCAGGUGUCGGAAGACGGCGGGUUCGAGAACACUCGAGGCGAAUGGAGAGAAUCACAGCAGCAAUACUCGAACAAUGCUUAUACGCCCUUUAAGCAGGGUGCCGGUGCUGCGGUGCCAGAGACGCCCGCCUUACCUAAGAAUCCGUUCGGCUCAAAGCCCAGCAUGGCGGCGCCCCUCGUCGGCAGUCAACUCUUUGGCCAGACGCAGUUCUCCUCCGCUGUGAAGCCACUCAGAAUAAGCCCGACGUCGUCUCGGCCCUCGCCCAACAUUGGCCACGUCUCAUACUCGCCCCAGGCCGCCGAAACAUCACCACUAAAGAACCGUGCGAAUAUCUCGUCACCUACAGAUGUGGGAACUUCGAGCCCGGGGAGGCUGGAAGAUGCACCGAAGACGGCCAGGAAUUCGAGACCGAUGGAGCGCAUUGAGGAGGAGACGCCGUCUGCUGCGCGCUCGUCCACGGAAGAAGCCAUCCCAGCCUCGCCAUCCACGCGCCUACCCAGGUCUUCGGCCCCCCGACAGCCCCAGGUUCGGUACGAGAGCGUGCAGAAAUCACAGGAGAGAAAGGUGUUCCGCAGAGACCCAUAUGAAUUCGUCGGAAGUGACAGCGAAGAUGAUACGUUGCGACGAGCGGAGCGACAGAGGCAGGUCGAGAGGAGGAAAGCAAAAGCUACACAAGAGACGGCCAAGGUCAAGGUCCCCUCGGUGCAGAUAUCAAUUUUCCACAGCGAGGCGCCGUCUUCUCGGAAGAAGAGGAGGCUUUCGCUGAGGGACAAGGAAAACCUACCUGUGCCAGGCGCCGCCGAGACUGCUCCUGAGCCUUCCAAGAGCUCCAAUGAGCCGCCCGUGGUAGUGGACUCGCAACAAAGGAAGGCCGCCUCGAACGCCGUGCCUGUGACCAGCAGUACCAGGCAGGGCACUGGUACACCACCGCCGGUGCCGGAGGUGCCAGAUGCCGAAGCCCAAGUCCCAACGAACGAGGACGAGCCCGACCUGCCACCAGAGUUGGAUGACCGCAUACCGGCUACGAGUCCCGCGAUGAGUCCGGAUCCUACACUCUCCGCGGAGGUCCCGCAGCUGCGGUCUGAGCCGGAUCUGCCCCGUCUAGAUCCCGACUUGUCCUCACAUCUGAAUCCAUCCACUGAGCUAGGCACAUCGUCCGUGCCACUGGUGCGCCGACCACCACAGAAAAACGAUAGGCGGGCGUCCAGGCGAAACGUCAUUGUCACUUCUUCUGCAUCAGAGGUGCCUUGCAAAGAAGCGGUCACUAGCACUGACCAGGCCACUGAUCCAGCGGGUAGCCCAGCAUCGACAGCGUCGCCUCCACGUGAGGAAGUGGAGAAAUCCACGGCCGAUGACCCGCCUCACAUCCAGUCAACGGAGGAUGGUGAGCGAGAGUCUCGAGAGACAUCGCCUGCCAAGCCCACCCCUCAUGCUGUCCGGUCAUCUGGCAGAAAACGUACGCCAACGUUCAAAGCGGCGGCCGAGCAAGGGAGAGCAAGCAGCGUGAACAGCGAUGCAGCAACGGCUUCGUCAGACACUAGUAUGCUGUCCUCAGCACUACCCUCAUCAGUGUUGUCUACGCCUAGCGUAUUGGAUUCUCCUCAGUUCCAACCAGCGAGGGCCGUGUCGGCGACUCUACAGUCACCGGUUGAGGGAAGCUUGCGCAAGCAGGCACUGCGGCUUGGAGACCACGCCGCACAUGGCUCCAGAGCGAAGCGGCAGCGACGUUCCGUCAGGGAUCCGAAAUAUUUUCACGAAUCCCAAUCGACGGACGAAUUGCAAGUGUCCCCAUCACCUAGUGUCCUGGAGAGGAGCGUGGUGCACACAAAGUCUGUGCGGUCCUCCAAGCCAUCACUGGCGCCGCUUGCGCGCUGCGCUCGACUCCUUGACGGCAUGGUCUUUGCGCUCUCCUUCCAAGCCACCGGAUCCAAGGCACAAGACCGCACAAAGCUCGAGGCGCGCAUCGAGCAAGCAGGCGGAUCGGUCCUCUCUGAGGGGUUCGACGUGCUCUUUGAGCGAUCACCCAUCAUGGGCGCCUCGGAGCUCACGCUCGACCUCGAGGACGCAACGGUGGUCAGACCGUGUCAUCUAGAGAAGGGGUUCACGGCGUUAAUCGCGGACGGCCACUCACGCAAGGCAAAGUACAUGCAAGCAUUGGCACUGGGCUUCCCAUGUUUAGCACCACAAUGGAUCCAGACCUGCCUGACCAAGGGCACCCUUGUGGAUUGGGAACCGUAUCUUCUCUGCGCCGGGGCGUCGGCCGUCCUUGGCAACGCACUCCGCUCGCGCAGCCUCGCGCCCUGCCCCCCGGAAGAGACCAGCCUGUGCGAGAUUGUCCGACGACGCCGCAAGCUGCUCGAGGGUCAGAGGCUGCUCAUCGUGGUGGACUCCAAGAAGGCACGCAGUGACCUCAAGGAGCCGUACAUGUUCCUCAUGCAGGCGCUGGGCGCCCGCACCUCACGGGUCCACACAGCCGAGCAGGCCUGCGAAGUCCUGACAAAGCAUGCGAGGGCAGAGACGCCGAUUGAUUGGGUGUAUAUCGACAGCGGCACGGCGACAGUGGAAGCGGUGCUGUGCGCCCCAGAGGCGGGUGGGAAGAAGCGGAAGCGCACUCCUGCUGUCGCGGCGCCGCUGUUUGGCAAUAUCAGGGUGCUGAACGAUGAGCUCGUGGUGCAGAGUCUGAUCCUGGGGCGCAUGGUAGAGGAUGGUGAGAUGAGCGGUUGA